AUGCAAGUUGACACCGGAUGUCAAGUCACAAUUAUUCCAAAAUAUUUUUGGGAACUAAUGUCUAAAUCGAAAUUACAAAAAUGCUACCUUCGCCUGAAACAGUUUGAUGGCACAGUUAUAAAAAUCCUAGGCGAAUUUGAGGCAACUUUGGAAACCGAAUCAAAAAUGAAUAUCGUACGAAUUAUUGUUGCAGACUGUACAAAAAAUCAUGAUCUAAUUGGUAUGGAUGUAUUAAAUAUCAACGCCACAAAAUUAGUAAAUAGUAUAGAACCUCUUGUUCAUGGGCGUUUAAUUAAUUACAAAGCAAAUAUUCUGUUGAAAAACGGCGUACAACCAACUUAUUUUGAAGCUCGACCUCUUCCUAUCCAUAUAAGACCACUAGUGGUAGAUAAACUUAAUGGAAUGAUACAGCAAGGGUUGCUUCAAAGGGUUCCUCCUGGUGGAAGCAGAUGGGCUUCACCGCUUGUGGUUGUUAGAAAAACAGACGGAGAUUUACGCAUUUGUGCGGAUUACAAAAUAGGUGUUAACCAAAAAAUAUGCUCAGACUCAUAUCCCAUCCCAAACAUUGAGACCGUAUUUCAUAAAAUGGCAGGGAUGAAAUAUUUUGCUAAAAUUGAUCUCAAGGGAGCUUAUCAUCAAAUUGAGAUGGACAAAGAGGCACAAGAAAUAACAACAGUUAAUACCCCUAUUGGAUUAUUAAGAUGGACCUGUUUACCUUUCGAAAUUAAGACUGCAAGUGCGAUAUUUCAAAGAGCGAUAGAAUCUGUUGUUGGCGAUAUUAUUCCCAAUAUGAUUAUAUUUCAAGACGAUAUAUGUGUCGGUGCUAAAAAUGCUGAAGAACUCAAAUCGAAUUUAAACAAAAUAUUGAGCAAAUUGAAGGAAUCGGGAAUGAGCAUAAAUAAACGAAAGUCAGUGAAUGAAACAAAAAGUCUUUCAUUUUUAGGAUAUGAACUGUCAGAAAAAGGAGUUACCCCAGAUCGUAAUUUAGUCAGCAAAAUACUUGGAAUAAGUCCUCCUAUUAAUAAAAAGGAACUCGAAAAGAAAGGAGUUACAUUCGAAUGGAGGAAGGAGCAUCAACAGGCAUUUGAAUUGCUAAAAAGAAACCUUUGUGAAGAACCCGUAGUGAAGGUUUAUGACAUCAACCAAGAUCUAGAGUUAACAACAGAUGCUAGCGAGAAAGCUAUAUCUGGAAUACUUUCACAGAAUGGCCAUCCGGUAUUGUAUCUCUCACGAACUUUAUCAGACGCUGAGACAAGAUAUUCUAAUAUUGAGAGAGAAGCUUUAGCUAUUGUAUGGUCUGCUCACAGAGCUAGGCAUUUUCUGUUGGGUAGAAAAUUCAAAUUAAUAUCAGAUCACAGGCCAUUAGAAUUUAUAUUUGAUAGUAACAAAGAAUUGCCCAAAGUCCCAUCCGCUAGAAUUUUAAGAUGGGCCAUACAAAUGAUGGCAUUUGACUACGAAAUAAGCUACAAGAAGGGAGAAAACAUUCCUCAUGCUGACGCAUUAUCGAGAUUGUCCUUUCUACCACAAGAUGAAGAGAAAGACCAAGAAACAUUUAUACACUUAGUCGAUUCAGAUAUAGUGAACCUUGAGCAAAUAAUAAAAGAAACAGAAAAUGAUAGGGUAUUGAUGGACAUCAAAACCAGAAUUAGGAAGAAUAAUUGGAGCAGAUGCUCGGUAACAGAAAGACCCUAUAAAUCUAUUAGGAAUAAACUGACUAUCGAAAAAGGAAUUGUGUGUAAUGGUGACCUCAUUGUACCUCCUAAGACAAUGAGAAAGAUCUUCAUCAAAUCGAUCCAUGAUAAUAUACAUUGUGGCAUAAUGCAAACGCGAUGUAGAUUAAAAUUAGAAGCCUGGUGGCCUGGCUACUGUCAAGAUGUUGAAGAUUAUGUGAAAAACUGUGAAAAAUGUGCCGAAAUAAAAGUGAAGAAGGAAAGGACAUUACAUACAUGGCCAAGUGAAAAUAAACCUUGGUGUAGAGUACAUAUGGAUCAUGCACAUGUACAGGGUAUCGGACUGUUUUUGAUUUUAGUAGAUUCUUUUUCUGGAUGGCCGGAAGUUAUUAAGAAAUGGAGUUCCAGAGGUUUUAGUAUCCGACAAUGCUGCGGAAUUUCAUGA